UGCCUUUAAAGGACGCAGCAGUAGCCCUCAGCUGGCCGCUAGCUUUUCGCUCUGAAAGUCUUGCUGCGAAGCAUCCGCCCUUGUACUUUGAUGCCGCGUUUGACCCCCGUGUCCCAAAAUUUGCCAUUAACGUGUAUCGAGGCGGACACCCGACACCACUGGCGCACGAAGAGUAUUCACUGCAUGUUUCGCCCCACUGUUUUAUGCCAGAAAUGGUCAUCGUGAACGACGUUUUGAAGCGCUGGCAGGUGGUCGUCCGUAACUCGCGUGGUGUUCGGUGUAUCGACGUCUUCAACGCCGUUUACGAAACUUAUUCUGAGCUGUUGACACCAAGGGAGCUGGCUCACAUUGGUGAACGCUACAUCCAGCGGUGCGAGCGAUCUUUCCGACAGCGCUGCGCAGAUAGCCCAGGACUCACAGAAUACAACUUGAAACUUGGAAUGCGUCGAAUUGAUUUGUUGCGAGGACGACGAACCUUCAAAGGGUUGACGCCUCUCCCCGGGCACGGCAAUGUUUGGGAAUUACACUUCGAUAUGGACAGAUCGCAAUUUCCCCCCAGCUUAUUUUGACGACUUUUUCACGAUUGCAUUAUCCGGAUGUUAAAACUAUGAUAUUUCACCUGCCAUCUAACACGAUCCUUACACACUCGACAUCUACUCCUCAUGCUUUUUGUUUGGCCGGACCUCGCUAUGUUUUAUAUGACCUCACCUCACUCGUUCGCAUUGACUAGCAACAGCCUUAUUCUGUAGUUGUUGGGCCUAGGUAAUAUUAUUUCCUGUCCAUCAGCGUUGUUUACCACCACCACACCCCAUGAAUAUAUAUUCAUUCACU